UGUUUUAAGCUAAGCUAGACAACACAAAGAAAGAAGUGCAACAACCUCGAAGCUAGUUCAAACUAGUGGGAGGUUGUCUGCCGAAAUUCAGCAGACUAAAUUCAAAGAUUUCAAUUCCACUCAAUUUUUUUUUUUUUACAUAAACAUCGAAUUAUUAGUAACAUCAUCCCAGGAAUUAAACCAAGGUCGUUCGAUAUGGCAAGAGGAAAGGUACAAAUGAGGAGGAUUGAGAACCCGGUGCAUAGGCAAGUGACCUUCUGCAAGCGCCGUUCUGGGCUUCUUAAGAAAGCUAAAGAGCUUUCUGUGUUGUGUGAUGCUCAAGUUGGCCUUAUCAUAUUCUCCACUCACGGCAAGCUUUAUGAGCUUGCUACAAACGGAAAUAUGCAGGGACUAGUAGAGAAAUACAUGAAAUCUAGCCGUUGCUCUUUGGAGGAACAAGCUGAUGAAAAGCAAGCUCUGGAGUCCAAAAUGGAGGUCAACAUGCUGAAAAAUGAGAUUGACGUACUUCAGAAGGGCCUCGGCUACAUGUUUGAAGGUGGUGCUGGAAAAAUGAAUUUGGAUGAGCUACGAGUUCUUGAGAAUAACCUCGAAGUCUGGAUGUACCACAUUCGCUCAGCAAAGAUGGACAUUAUGACUCAAGAAAUCCAGUUGCUAAAGAAUAAGGAGGGAAUACUGAAAGCUGCAAAUAAGUGCCUUCAAGAGCAGAUGGAGAUGCAAUAUGGUGUUGUGGAAACUGACCCGAUAAUUACUAACAUACCAUACUCACUAACAGUUCAAAAUGACAUAUAUCAGUACUCAUAAAAGACUUUUGGCAGAAGCGGCGACAAAGUUUCCCUUGUGAAAUUUGUCGCUAGAAGUGUUACUAGCCACGCGACAUAUAUACUUGUUGCUGAAUAAAUGAACUGAUGGAUUUAUGAAAUGUAAAACUUUGCUUGACUAUUUAGCAUUAAGAUUUUUGUGUAUGAUAUGUAUGAUAUUUGUAAUGAAUGUGAAUGGAUUUAUAUUCCUAAUGCUGUUAAUUAAUUACUCAGAA